CAUUCUCCUCAUGCAGGAUUGUGGAUUUUUUGUGAUUGAGUUGUUAAAGAAAUAUGGUGUUUUGGGAAGAGAGGAGACAAAAUACACUCUUUUUAUGUACCAUUUAAGAUUCACUUAACUGCCACAGAACAAUAUCCCAAUUGCUGCAAAAUAAUCUCAUAAGUGCCACAUAACAGUCUCAUAACUACCAUAUUGAAUUAAUGGACAUUGAAAAACUAAGUGUAACUAAACAUUUUAAUUUCUUAACUGUAGCACUGGAUACUCCCAAAGUUGUAUAGGGAACAUUGCCUUUCCUCAGGGGCAACUGAUGAGACAUUGACAGGGUGAUGUGAGAAGCAAAUUUGAUACUGCAAAAUAAUAGGUGAACCAGCAAGGGAAACUCAUGACUGGUUAUCUGGAAUGCCUGUAUCAUAUGAGUUGCUAAAGGCUGUAUAGAUGCAGUGAAAUACAAAUGUAUUGACCUGAUCCAUAAAUUCCUCACAUCAGCUUGAGAACAUUGUUUACAAUGCUUAGUGUGAGGGUGCAGCAGCCCCAGCAAGCAGUUUUUUUUCACUCUGGUUUUUGUUAAUUUCUGAUAGAUUUAUUCAGCAAAAUUCAUGGAGGGCUGCUAAAAGAGAAAAUUUCCCUUGAAGAGGCAACCUAGGCAUAUUAAGAAGCAUAGACUGAAAAUUAUGAAGGAAAGCACCUCAUGACAUGGCAGUAGCAGCACGGCAAAUGGGAGACAGUGAAGACAGCAUCCUCCAGGGACUUCUGGUGUACUUUUCUAAGUUCAAUUAUGACAAGGCCAAGGAACAAGCUGAAAAGGAACGUGACUUGAGUAGGUUUAGUGGAUCAACUGUGUGGCACUCGCUGCUCUCAUGUGUGGCUCAGUUAGCUGCUGUCGAAAAGCUCUACAUGAAUCUGUCAUUCCUUACAGCAAAGGGAUUUUUGAGGAAGGAGAGCUCUGUCCGUGCAAGCUAUGAAUCUCUGAAUCUUGAGCUGAAUGACCUUGGUUAUGAGAGAAGGAGAUGCAUGGGAGCCAAUGGAAAUCCUCCCACAUCAGGCAGUGGAACUCUGGGAAGCCCCGGCUGUGAUGGCAUCCUGCGACACCUGUGCUCCCAUCUGGUGCUAUUCAUCAAGGCGAGGCUGCAGAUGAUUUCAUUUUAUGAAAAACUACUGGAAGCAUCUAUGAGUCGCAUGAUGAAUUUUGAGGACCUCUUAACAAAUGUAACAGAAAUAGGUAUAAAGAACAGCAGAAACUUUCACCAUCCAAUUCUUACUCCAAUCAAAACAAACUUCACAUAUGAGUGUGAUAUAUUGAUACAUUUACUGAGGAGUCAAUUGGAGAUGCAGCAUUGGCGGUUCUUGCCAUCACUAAUUCACCUUCAUGAUGCCCACUCAAAGUUGAACAGCUGGCACAGUGCCAUCCAACCUAAGGAGACAAAAAAAUAUGGUUUUGGUUCAAACUUCCUCAAGUCAUCUCCACUUCCUGCAUUGUACCAGUGGCUGUGGCAGGCUAAAGCAGCUUUUGUUUCAAAGUUUUCUCUAUACUUCCAUGAGACUUUAGCAACACAAAGCUCUCCAGCAGAGAUGAAAGCAUUGAUCUCCAGGCAGGGACAAGCCUGUGACUAUGUUUCCAAAAUUCAAAGUUUUCAACGAAAAAGUGAUGCCGUUAGUGUGUGCUUGGUGUUUGAGGCAGCAGGAGUAGAAGAUUACCGGGGUGCUGGCUAUCAUCACCCACAAGAGUCAGUGUCAACUCCAAAGGGUCUUGACAGCUAUCCAGCAAUCUUCUCUUACCCAAAUAAUAAGGCUCAGGACCGAUGGCCCAGCAUUGUGAUGAGGAUUAAUGACCGUGCCAAUGAGCUCACUCUUCUGGAUGGAGUUGUAUGCUUCUUUGACCAGCAGAUUGGCUCGACAUACUUCUUGUGCAGAGUUGAUCCAAAAAUAACCAUUGUAGUUGUAUUUGAUGCAAAAAAAUCAGAAAAGGACAGUUAUAUUAAGGACUUCAUAUAUGACUUAGCACUUCAGCUCAGGUGCAACAAGGUGUUUACUAAUCUAAAACCCAAGUAAAUUUUGUACUAUAUGUAUGUACAUACAUACAUAAUGCAUAAAUAAAUUCAUACAUGCAUAUAUCCACAUAUGUAGUACUGCUGGCUGAGAUACUGUAACAGGACUGAUUGAGCAGUAGAGUCUCCUGUUCACACAUCCUUGCACACUCAAAUUAGAGAAGUAAAAAGUACUUCAGUUUCAUCAUACAUUUCCUCUCACUAGGAUAUUACACUUGGCAUAUCAAUCAGUUCCAAAUGUUCUAUACAUACUGUACGUCAUUAUCUUCACCAUCCAGUCAGUUCAUAAGACACAGUACUGCUGGGAUCCUAAACAUUUUGUCUUUCUGUUCCAUGUAUGCAUAUCUCACUAGGAUAUUACACUUGGCAUAUCAAUCAGUUCCAAAUGUUCUAUACAUACUGUACGUCAUUAUCUUCACCAUCCAGUCAGUUCAUAAGACACAGUGCUGCUGGGAUCCUAAACAUUUUGUCUUUCUGUUCCAUGUAUGCAUAUCUCACUUAUGCAUAUACAGUGGUGACCCUGGAAUCCAAACACCCUAUGUUCAAACAAAUUGUAAUCUUAACUUUUUUAUUUAUUUUUUAUUUAUUUAUUUAUUUAUUAUUAUUAUUAUUAUUAUUAUUAUUAUUAUUAUUAUUAUUAAUAUUAUUAUUAUUAUUAUUAUUAUUAUUAUUAUUAUUAUUAUUAUCAUUAUUUAUUUAUUUAUUUAUUUUUUAUUUUACUCUAAAACCUGAAGACAUUCAGAAACUGAACAUCAGCAUAGCGUUUAAGUUUGUUCAUGGGUUUCCCCCACCUCUUCAACCGGCAUCUUUGCACAACAUUCAUUCAAUUUGUUGUUAGUUUACUUUGGGUUUUUGCCUGGAUUUUUUUUAUUUUAUUUAUUUAUUUUACUUUAUUUAUUUUUUUUUUAUCAUCAUCUUUGGGCAUUCACAAUGGAUUUGUUAAGACAAAACACACACAGUUAUAGGUAGAUGUGGCAGCACCACUCUACUGUUUCAUGAUGGGUAUGAGGACGAAACACACAUACUCACACCAUUCCAGAUGCGGUGUUUCUGUUAUUCUUAUUUGAUAUUCAGGUAAUUUACUCAUCUUCUCUUCAGUGGCAGAACAAGGUGUGCAAAAACAGGGGGCAUACAAGCAGGCUCCAUAGUAUUAUAUAUAUAUAUAUAUAUAUAUAUAUAUAUAUAUAUAUAUAUAUAUAUAUAUAUAUAUAUAUAUAUAUAUAUAUAUAUAUAUAUAUAUAUAUAUAUAUAUAUAUAUAUAUAUAUAUUAUAAAACAUGAAGUGUAUGAAGACAGAAAGUAAUUUCACUAAUAUUAGUAACAAUAGAUAAUAAAUGAGAUUUAUUUUUGCUGUUUAUAUUCUACUGCAAACAUAUUCUAGGCUUAUCAAUUUCCAUAAUAAUGUAAUAAGAUAAAAUUAUAAAUGCCUUCUUUAAGAAUAAUGAACUGCAGUGGUAGAACUGCUUGCAUUAUUUCAAGAUUUCUUGUCAAGAGUCAAAACAACUGUGUAAGCACAUGAUUACAACACUAGAUUCCUCCAAAGCUUCCUUAAAAGAAAUUGCAGCCAUUUCCUUUGUAAUAAUGUUCAGGAAAGGCAUUGUCUGUAGAUAGCAUUCUUUGAGACAAUGCUUAACAAGGGAAUGUUCAGCAGUAGCUCCAUGGAAAAGUGAUCACACAUCAGCUGUUGUGGAAUGCAGUCAGUCUUUUGAUUCAUUUGUACUAGACACGCCUGCCACCAAUCAACAGCAGCUUUGCUGGGAUUAUUCAAAGGGGUGCACUGUCCUGAAAUGGGGGGACACAAGUGGGGAGGGGGCACUGCCUUAAAAUGGUGGGGUGCAUGUUCCCCACCAUGGACCCCCACAGUUCUGCCAUUGCUUCUCUUAUGCUAAUUAUGUGUAUUUGCAGUGAAAAGUGUCUUGAAAAUGUGUUUUCAUGUGGUUGAGAAACAGGUUAUUCUUUUCCAUUACUUGUUAAGAGGAAAAUAGUUUUGGAAUCCAAACUGUUUGCAAUCUGAGCAGCCUCCUGGAACAAAUUAAGUUCAGAUUCUGAGUCACCACUGUGUGUGUGUGUGUGUGUGUGUGUGUGUGUGUGUGUGUGUG